CGGAAAUCAGUUGUUGCCUGGGAGAGGCUGGCAAAAGUGACACCAGAACUCGGCGACCGGAUUUGGAGGGCCGUUACGCAGCUAUCCUGGAGCUAAAAGCGUCGAGGAGCAAGUACAACAACAGCGCCAUGCUGACCCGCUGCCUGGCCGCAACUUUCUGCGUGAAUGAGACGUGCGCAGUGACAGACCGCCGCCGUGCUCUCCCUUCGACUGAGCAGCAUCAGCAGAGCGAUAACAUGUCUGGCAACCAGCAUCAGGUGCUUCUGGCCGGAGAGUACGCGCAGCGCCGCCCACUGGCACACAAGUCGCCACUGGCGGCCUUCACGUCGCAGCUGGAGGCGCAGCAGUCUCCGCGCGCCAAGGAGGUGGUGCACGUGCAGUAUGAGCAGCAAGAACAAGAACCAGAGCAGCCGGAGAAGCAGCAGCCAGAGUGGCCGGAACAGGAGGGCGUUGACACUCAGAUGCUCUUCGAAGUGGAGCCCACAGCCGUCAAGAUCGGCAAAGAGAUCGGCAAAGGAGCUUUCUCUGUUGUCUACGCCGGCGACUACCGAGGCCAACACGUCGCAGUCAAGUGCCAGCCUAAAGACGCAGAGGGCAACAUCCCAGCCUUCGUACUGCGCGAAGUGCAAGUGCUACGUCUGCUGCGUCAUCCGAGACUGCUGCAGUUCGCAGGAGCUGCUGACAACGCCCGUGCCAAGCAGGUCUGGAUCCUCAGCGAGUACCUCAACAACGGCGACGUGGAUCUGCUGCUCAAGGCCAUUCGCAGUGAGAAGAAGCCUCACAUUGGCUGGCACCGCGUGGUGCGCAUCGCGUUGGAUGCUGCUGAGGGUAUCGAGUUCUUACAGCAGAGACACAUUGUGCAUCGUGACAUCAAGUCCUCCAACAUCUUACUGGACAGUCAGCAUCGUGCCAAGCUCUGCGACUUUGGCUUCGCAGUUGAGAUCAAGCCUGUUGUGGCUAUGGCUCAUGGAGCGGCAGAGUUCGAUGCGAGCAAGCAGCGGCGUAAGUCGUACUGCGGUACAGACGCCUACAUGGCGCCGGAGAUGUUCCUGGACGAAGACUACGACCAUAGUGUGGACAUUUUCAGCUUCGGAGUGGUGCUGAUGGAGAUGCUGUGCUGUCGUGUGGCCAACUCGGACGGGUUCUUGAUGCGUCUGCCGCAAUACAAGUUCCAAGUGCUCCUGCCAGAGUUCCGUGACGCUCUGCCGGCUUCCUGUCCGCCAACUCUCGCAACUCUCGCGGAGAAAUGCGUGUCAUUCGAGCCCAAUGAACGUCCAGACAUCAAGACCAUUGUACAGACGCUAGAAGAUGUUCUAAAACACACUGCCAGCUCGCAGAGCGACAAUGUGGAGCUGGUUCCGUUCACACCUAAUGAACGGGAGCCACAGAUUGAAGCGGACGAAGACGCUUACUAUGGCGAGAAUGACGAGGAGGAUGAAGAUGAUGACGAUGACGAUGAUGAUGAUGAAGAAGAGGAAGAUAAUAGCUACAACUUGCAGGCAAAUGGUCGACACAACACGAUGGGAAUGGAGUCGGACGAAGAAGAACGUGAUGUGCGCUCGCAAGUCGUGGACGACCCCUUCUUGGACGAGGAGAGUGUCGAUAGUGACGCACUUGCUCAGCCAGCGUCGCCUGCUCCGUACCACGAAGGAGUGAUUCUCAAGCGUGGCCGUCGUGGAAAACGUUCAUGGGUCGAGAAGUGGUUCAUCGUUGACCACGACCAGCUCCACUACACAGACGUUCCUCCAGGUUGGCGACAGCAUCAGCAACAAAAUGCGGAAUGGCGCUGCACGUUGCCUCCCAUUUCGUCGCUGUCACUGCGUGAGUGCCGCAUCUGGAAGACAAUGGAGAUGCCUGAACUGCGAUUCAACGUGAUUGACAAUAACUGGAAGAUCAAACGCGAGCUCCAGGCCGUAUCCAAGCGUGAUCUUGAUCUGUGGAUGGAGCUCAUCAACCAGGGAAUCGACUAUGCUAACGAGCUGUACGCACGUGAGAACGACCUGCCAAACAACAGCACCACCGGCACGAGCGCAAGUAGCAGUAACGCAAGUCGCCCCAGUCGCAACAAGGUGAAGAAGGAGUCACAUUCUCAGUGUCAGACGUCGUCCAAGCUGCACGAGCGAAGGCCCAAAUCGAACUCAGUUGCCACAGCCUCGAGGAAAACAAGGCGUCGGAGUAGUGUUACCAAGUUUGAGGAGCCACCCGAACUGCCAGAAACAGAGGAGGACCGAGCUGACGAAGUGUACCAGUGGCUCAAGCAGAUCGGCUACCAGAGAUACGCACCCAUGCUCAAGGCGAAGGGAUUCGAUUCGCUCGAUUUUAUUCGCGAGACUGGCAUUGAAAUGGAGGAUUUAAAUUUCGUGGGUGUCAAGGAACCGGUGGCGCGCAAGUCCAUUCGCUCAGCCGCUCGGACACUACGUGGCGAUGACGACGAUUGAUUUUUUUCGAGAUGGGUUCUUGUUCUCUGCAUGCGGCGUAUUUCUCGUGGGGCUCAGUUCAUUACGACGAUUUUCUCCAAAAUAUAAGUAUGCAAAUCCAGGCAUCCUCCAUACUUCAUUAUUUCAUCCUUCCUUAGCGCUGUACGUCGCUGCAGGGAGCACCACUACCUGUAAACGGCCUCUUGCCGACGUUUACGUCCAGGGGCUCUCUCCUGAGCAACAUACACCGCCCAGCCUACCUAACAUCAGAGCAAAUAAAAAACCGCGACACAAAAGCAAGUACGUGCAUGAUGCAUGCA